AUGUUUGACCGUCAUCAUUCAGAGUUAUUUAUUCAUUGUAAUUGUUGUCCUAGGAAGAUUAGGAAAAAUGACAACCCCAUUUUCUUUCUAUUACGGAAUUUGUUCAUUGUCACGUAUUUUCGUCAAGAGAUUCUACGCCUGAGUUACUUACUAGAAGGCAAACCAUCAAGAAGACUAGAACAAGAACUUCAUGUUCAUACAACCUGGUCGUCCCCUAUAACUGACUCCACUCAACAUCAUGGUCAUCAUACAUGCACAUCAUCCAUUUUCUACGACCCCUUAAAAAAUGUCUAUGUCAUGUAUUCAGUCGCAGAAAGCAGAGCGGUAUAAGAUGAAACAACUCAAAACGUUAGACAUAGACCUUCCCUGCUGUGGCAGCAUGGUCGUCCUCUCAGCGGCAUCUGUAAAAAAUCAAUCUACAACUAAAGACACGGAGUAGUUUUUACUGGUGUCAAUGAAAGGCUUGGAGUUGGAGCUCCUUAUACAUUCAUGUUUUGGAGGACAACACGAUCACACCAAGCUCUCGUCGUCGACAUGGAUAGCUUUCAUAUUCCAUGCCCAUACAUUUUUUAAUGCAGCAGAUUUGAGGAAGUAGAACUAGGCUAAGAAGCUUUCUCAAUCAGGAAGAAGGGUCCUCUUCUUUUCGAACGAUCAUUGUUGCGCGACGUUCUAACGGCCUGAAAGAUACUAUGCUGUGAUAGUAAGUAAUUAUGGUGGGCCUAAAAGUAUGGAUGAAAAUAAUGACUGAGGCAUAGGUGACAUGAUCAUGAAGAUUGUCGUGCUAGACAACUGUCGGCAACGCAGUAGCUAGUUUGACUAGAUUUAAGUACUAGCUGCUGACGAGCAGGACAACUACUAGAUAUAGCUACCACUAGUACCAACACAGUAUUCGCUAAUGGUGGUCCUGGAACAACCAAAUGCCUGCGCGACAAUGCGAUUGAUGAAUGCUCUACCACUGAUGUUGGCCGAAAUAGCUUUGAUUAGCCAGGAGCACCAACACUUUUCAUACCCUCCACGAGUAUUGAUGAAGAGAACUUGUCCUCAAUUCCAAGCAACGGCUAGCAGAAGUAACUUUUU